UGAGAUGUAGAUGGGAUGACCUUGGAAAUAUAUGCUUAAAUUGUGGAACUCGCCGAGAGAAGUCAGUUCUGUAGUUGCAAGUGGCGCAAAUGUUAUGCGAGGGGUGUAGAAUGGAGCGAAGACCGUUGUCAGCAAUAUUACCACAAUGAUGGGAUCAAUAGUAUGUGAGAGGUGUAUCAUAGGAGCAAGGUAUGCCUUAUUUAGUAUAUACGACGGAUAUGUGAAUAAGCUCCACAUAGAUAGUAAGAACAUAGCAAAGUGUUUGUACUGCGAAAGGCGAAUAGCAUCGAAUAGUAUACGUAAGUGUGACAACAGUCCGCUGGGAGGCAAGCAUCUGUAUUGCAGCCGAAGAAAGAAAAUGGGAAAGUUAGGAGGAAAAGGAGAUCGAGUGUGAAGGUAAGUGAAGGAAAAAAAUGUGUGGAUAAGUUGAGAGAAUAA